GAUCAAUAUGGUCAGAGAAGUGAGUGAGGAUGGCACAGAUAUUGAUCGAGAUUGCCGACGAGAGCUACAGGUGAUGCUGUUCCUCGGCAUCAAGGCAGAGAUCCAAGCUGUGGACAACACAGGAGACAUGUCGCGAUGGCUCGAUGGGCACAUGAGAAGCGCAUGAUCUGCCCCAUUCACGACUUUGAUUCCUCUUGGAGUUUCUUUGGGUUCUGUGUGUUGUUUUGAGAGUUGAUCUUAGGUUUUUGGCUGGCGCAAGGCAACUAGUGACAUGAGAGGAGGAACCGUGCGGAGUGCGCAUCUCAUAUUUUAACACUGUACCUCCACACACAUCACCCGAAAAUUUCUACUUCACUUUCAAGACUCAUUUCAGGUCCUCAGACAGCACUCACAAAAUCUCACCGAAAAUGGCACCCAAACUCUCAGAAGAGGAGAUUGAUGAUCUCAUUUACUUUUCAAGAGCCGGCGAGCUCGCUGAUCUCGAAGAGACGCUCAAGUCCCUGUCGGAGCGUGAAGGCGCCUCCGUAGGCGAGGUCAUCACCGCCGCCAAGGAUGAGGGCAAGUCGACCUGCCUGCACAUGGCUGCCGGCAACGGUCACCUCGAUAUCGUAAAGGCGCUCAUCACGGCAUUUGAUGGCCGUCCCGCAGACGAGAAGAAGGCCUACGUCGACGCCGCUAACGAGUUUGGCAACACGGGCCUGCACUGGGCGUGCCUGGGCGGCCACCUCGAGGCCGUGAAGUACCUCGUCAACCACGGCGCUUCCCCUGCGGUGGCCAACAACAAGGACCAGAUUCCUCUCGACUCUGCGCUAUUCAACGACAAGCGGGAGGUGGCGGACUGGUUCCUGGCGCAGUCUGAGAAGAUGGAGGGCGGAAACCAGGAGGAAGGGCUGAGCGGUGCCGCGGCAGGUAUUGAGAUUGAGGAUGAUGGUGCCGUCGAGGAAUACAAGGACAAGGAUAAGGCUGGCGAGAGCAGCAAGACUUCAUAGAUGGGAUCUGGCUUAUGAGUUAAAGACAAAAAAUCAAAUGAGUGAACGACUUUUGAUGACGCUCGAGGGGGCUCCUAUGCUG